AUGUCUGACGUCGCGGAUACCAAGCCUGACCCCACCACCGCUCCUGAGGAGCAGAAGCCCGAAACCACCGCCACUGGCGAGGGCGAGAAGUCUACGACUGAGGCCGUCACCGAUGCUGCUAAGGAUGCUGCCGAGACCGCCAAGGACACCGCCGCAAAGACCACUGACACCGUCUUCUCCAUGUUCGGCGGUGGCCCCAAGAAGGAAAAGAAGGACGAGCCCGAGGAGGGUGAGGACGAGCCUUCUGGCUCCUCCAAGGCCCAGAAGGGCGAAGAGGAGGACGAUGCCCCCGAAUCCCCUGAGGUCCACUUCGAGCCCGUGAUCCGCUUGACCGAGAAAGUCGAGACCAAGACCAAUGAGGAGCUUGAAGAGCAAGUCUUCAAGAUGCGCGCCAAGCUGUUCAAGUUCGACCGUGAGAGCAAGGAAUGGAAGGAGCGUGGAACCGGUGAUGUGCGGUUGCUCAAGCACAAGGAGAACGAGAAGACCCGUCUGGUCAUGCGCCGCGACAAGACUCUGAAAGUCUGCGCCAACCACUACAUCGUCCCCGACAUGAAGUUGAACCCCAACGUCGGCAGUGACCGUAGCUGGGUGUGGAACGCCGCCGCAGAUGUUUCCGAGGGUGAGCCUGAGGCCCAGACUCUAGCCAUCCGUUUCGCCAACAGCGAGAACGCCAACCUCUUCAAGGAAGCUUUCGAGAAGGCCCAGCAGGAGAACGAGAAGCUUUUCAGCGCUAGUGCCACUGCUGAGGCAUAG